UUUCGCCUCAGUGCCUUGGAGGAGGGGACGGCAGCACCAUGGCCCCCAACGUGGCCAUCCGCCAGACCUGCUGCUGCUUCAACGUCCGCAUUGCCACCACUGCCCUGGCCAUCUACCAUGUGAUCAUGAGUGUCUUACUGUUCAUCGAGCAUUCAGUGGAGGUGGCCCACGGCAAGGCCUCCUGCAAAUUCUCACGGACAGGCUACCUCAGGAUCGCUGACCUGAUCUCCAGCUUCCUGCUCAUCACCAUGCUCUUUGUCAUCAGUAUGAGCCUGCUGAUCGGUGUGGUCAAGAACCGGGAGAAGUACCUGCUGCCCUUCAUGUCCCUGCAAAUCAUGGACUACCUUUUGUGCCUGUUCACCAUGCUGGGGGCCUACGUGGAGCUGCCUACCUACCUCAAGUUUGCCUCCCGGAGCAGGGCUCACCCCGCCAAGGUCCCCCUGAUGACCCUGCAGCUGCUGGACUUCUGCCUGAGCAUCCUAACCCUCUGCAGCUCCUACAUGGAAGUACCCACCUAUCUCAACUUUAAGUUCAUGAACCACAUGAAUUACCUCCCCAGCCAGGAGGGAAUGGCUUACAACCAGUUCAUUAAGGUGAUGAUCAUCUUCUCCGUUGCCUUCAUCACCAUCCUCAUCCUCAAGGUCUACAUGUUCAAGUGUGUGUGGAGAUGCUACAGGAACAUCAAGUUCAUGAACUCGGCCGAGGACAGCAGCAGCUCCACGAUGCUCCAGAAGGUGGUCCUGCCGUCUUAUGAGGAAGCCGUGUCUCUGCCACCCAAGACUCCGGAGGGGGACCCAGCGCCUCCCCCAUACUCCGAGGUGUGACACACACCAGGUCCCAGCCCUGGUGCUGGGAGAGGUGGAAAUGCCUCGCAAUCCACUUCUGUGCUUUGGUGGCCCCUGUGGCCUGGGUGAACCACCGGCUGACGUCAGGACAAUCCGCUUGUGUUCCCCUCCCUGGCCUGCUUUUCCUGUGGGGCCUGGGCGACUCUCACAACUGGGUCAAUCCUUUAGGCUGAACGACUCCUUGGGUCUCUCAAAAAUUCAGUCCAACAGCACUUGGCUAAUGUUGAUCAGCUCUGACAUUUGUUUAAACAAUUGGCCAUUCUAAAUUGAGUGAGUUUGGUUAAAAAAUUUCAGCUUGACCAGUUUAAUCAAGAGGCUGACAGACUUCUGAAAACCCACACUUGUCAGUUCAGUAAAAUAAUUUGGUCAAACAACGACAGUCUGUUGCAUUGGUUUGCAAAUAGUGGUCAGUCCAUUUCGUCAAGUAAUCAUCAAUUAGUCCUCCCCACCGAAUCCAGAGAUACAGUUUCUUCAAAUAGCUUGCUUACAUGUUUAUCAAGCCAGCCAACCAUCAGUCAAUUUAGAAUAGUGAUUAAAUUCAAUAAUUUAAAAAAUCAGCUUCGCCCCCAAACCAUGCAGUUCAGUCUAAUCCAAUAACUGGCUGCCCACUCUGGUCGGUUCAGUACUUCCGGGUGGCUGAAGAGCCAGACAAUAGCCAAACCAUUAUUCAACAGCUAGUUCCAGGAAGUCACAGUAAUUUCAAUCACCAGACAAUCCCUGCAAAUACACAUGGUUUUGCUCAAGAGUUAUCAUCAUUAAUAAUCAGUCACACACGGUCAGAGUAGUCACCUAGCAGUGGACUCCAUGAAAUAGGUCAUCUCAACCACGAUCACCUCUCGUAACGAACUGUCAGUGCAUUCCACAGGCCAGUCCAUCCAGCACCAAUUUGGUUCUGGGCAACCCGGUUCUGUCUGAUGCUUGUGGUCAAGCAGAAAUUCAGCCUCGAAAUCAGGCAAAUUUGUUUGUUGGACUAAAUCCACAGGUUAGUUCAGUCAAAACAGGCAAACCCUUUGUGGGUGCAGACCCUGCCAUGGCAGCUGGUGUUGGUGGUACCUUAGGGAGGGUUUUGGCCCCAACAACCCCCUCUUUUGCCUGCUUCCCUGAGGGCUGGAGCUCUUGAGGGAGCUGACCAAGAGGUGGAGAUAGGGCCACAGAGGUAGGUUUUCUGGGGCCUAUUAGGGGGGUACAAAGAGAGAGGGCUGUGCAAGAGACUCCCCGCCAAUACCUGCUCAUAUAAUUGCUUUGUGUGGGAUGGAGAAGAAAUUUCAAUAAAGCAGCAACAUGCUUCUCUUGG